GAUGUUUUUGCAAUUCCAUCUCGAAAAAUAUAACAGCUUUAAUUUUACUAAAUAUACGAAUAUAUGGCUGCAGUCACUGGAAAAUUAGAAGUGGAAGUGGAGAUAAAAUCAGACGCGAAAAAGUACUGGCAAAACAUCAGGGACUCGCACACACUCUUCCCUAAGAUUUGUGCUGAUCUCUACAAGUCCAUCGAAGUUCUUGAAGGUGAUGGCAGAUCUGCUGGAUCGAUUCGUCUGGUCACCUAUGCUGAUGGAACACCCCUAGUAACGUUCUCGAAAGAGAAGGCGGAGGUGUUUGACGACGAAAAAAUGGCAAUGGGAUACAGCAUAAUCGAGGGAGAACUCAUGGAAUACUUCAACAAAUUCGAAGCACAUUUUACCGUGUGUUCAAAGGGAAAAGACACCGAAGGAUGUUUAGUAAAAUGGUGGUGUGACUUUGAAAAAACAAGUCAUGAGAUCCCGGAUCCUUGUGCAAUUCAGGAAUUCACCGUGAAGAAUCUGAAAGAAGUGGAUGAGUAUACACUAAAACAAGCCUGAUGGCUUAAUUCGGAUGCAAGAAGAACAUGAUAUAAAAUGCUUGGCCUUUUUCAAUGCACUAGCUAUAUUUGAAUAUCAAGUGUUAAUAACGUGGGAGGACUGUGGUUUAUUAUUAUCCGUAUGUGUGUUUGUAUUCAUGUUUAUGUUCGGAUUUUUCUUUUAAAUAAAAAGUUAUGAUACUUGUGUGCUUAA